UAAUCGAAGCUAUUACCGAUAUGUGCAGUGCCGUGGAAUAACAAAAAUUGCUUCAAAAAAGCUGUGUGUGUGGCUGAUACUCCAGCAUCUUCCCAAUAUGUGUGUAAACAACGCCAAGAGUAUUACUGUUUUGUGAUCAUCAUAUUUCAUUCGGAUUGCACAUUACCGGGCAGAAAAAGCUUCAAGCAACCAAUUUUGUUUCGGCUGUCUUCUUUCUUGCACGGCUAGGUCAACAUAUAUUAUACAUAUCGAAGAGGUAAGAUUAUACAACUCAUAUCUAUGUAUAUACGCGUUACUAGCUGUUGCUAACAUUUGUUGUUGUAGAACUUUCCUUCUACCUACCCUAAUGUCAAUUGGUAAGGAGGGAAACAUUUACCUAAAUCAUGUACCUAAAUUACACAACAAAUAAAUGUAAACAAUUCUUCAUCCUAUACCUACGAUAGCAUAUACCAAAUUCUACUAUUCUAUUCGUUGGUCGUUGGUUAUAUACGUAUGCAAAUGUCGUUUUCGUGUUCAUUCGGUUCGAGUUAUCGCUACAAUCGGUUUCUUUAUCUGUGCGCGUGACAGUGUUAGAAACUUCCUAAGUGAAAAACAUAGUUAACAAGUGUGUAUAUAAUUUGUUCUAGCUUUGCGUUAAUUUUCAAGCAACUUACAUACGUUUGCGAUUAAGUGACGCAAAUUGCUUACAUUUCUCAAGUACAUUCCUUGUAGUAGUGUUCGAAGUGUAACAAUGUCGGUCAAAAGAAUGUGUCGAACCGGCCAAACCAGCAAGAUUAUCAAAACUAAUAACGCUAAACUAGAGGCAGAAUUAUUUGGCGAGAGCAGUUCAUUCGGUGCUAACAUCAUUCCUGCAGCAACCACGUAUGAAGAUCCGGAACCAAUUAGCCAUCAUUCGUUUGAUGAAGAAGUUGAAGCAGAAGAAAUUAUCAUCGACUGGUUAAUUUCCGAUGAUUGUGACAAUAUAGAAAGCUACGAUAACAUCAACGAUGCGGAAGAUGAAAUUGAAUCAUCCUUGGACAACGUGCAGGAGUUCCUAGAUGAAGAAGAACCAUUUGAAGAGGUUAUAAAAAAGUGGGCAUUAAAAACGUACCAAACCCAUCAAGCUCUGAAUGGUCUGUUAGUCAUUUUACGUGUAAGAACCAACUACACUCUUCCCAAAGAUGCGCGUACAUUACUGGGAACAAAGCAAUGCGGAAAAGAUAUUGUUCCGAUCGAAGGAGGAGAAUUUUGGUUUCCGGGAGUACGAUCGGUGCUUAACAGAUACUUUCGUAACGUGCAACCAAAUGUGAGUUCAUUCUCAUUGAACCUCUCCAUCGAUGGACUUCCCUUGAACAAGAGUACCCGCAAACAGUUUUGGCCAAUACUGAUGAGCAUUCAGGAACUGCCUGAAGUGCCAGUGCUAAUGGUUGGAAAUUUCUUUGGAUCAUCUAAACCAAAGGGCGUCGAGCAAUACCUGAGGCCGCUUGUAAAUGAGCUGAAUGAGAUGAUACAGAAUGGCAUUGUGAUAGCCGAUAAGCUCAUCCAAAUACGCGUUAGAGCUAUCAUCGCAGAUUCACCAGCGCGUGCGUUCAUAAAAGGUGUUGCAUACUUCAAUCAUAAACAUGGGUGCCAAAAAUGUACAGUAGAAGGAAAACAUCACAGUGCGGCACGUGUUUCCUAUUUUCUGGAUAUCGACGUAGUGGAGUAACAUUGCAUAUAAAUUAUAAUAUGCGUCUAUAUCCAUGUACUCAAGAUAAUUGGUUUUUAACUAAGAAUUUUUAUAUUGCUAAAUAUUGUACGAUUAACAUUUAUGGGACAGCAUUUAACAAAAUAACAGAAACUCAUACUUUCUUUUGUUUGCCUAUGAUGAAAGAUAUAUAUGAGGCAAAUACAAGCGACCUUACCAUAGAAUCGAUAGUUUUUUCACCAACAGAUAUCAAGUGUAAAUUAGUAACUAUUAAAACGGACGACACGAACUAUGUAUUUGUACCUCUCAUACAGACAUUAGUUGAAAAAAUAAUUGUAAAAUUUUGAAUUAUCAAUUGUUAUGUUAUAAUAAAAAGUAUUAUUUUAAUUGUUUUCGAAAAAAUAAAUAAUAAUCACAUAUAAUCUGGUGUAUAUUACAUUGUAUUUGCGGCAAUCAGUAUACUGAUGAACCUUUCAAUAUUAAACAUUAACUUUUAUCACAUACAUAAUUGACUUAGUUGUUAACGUGAU